GCCGCUGGACGCGCAGGGAGCAGCACCUCCAACCUUCCCCGGCCAAGAAGGGGCUUUUUUGAAUUUGAGAAGCCACCGCGCGGGCUCCGGGGCUCUUCAAAAAGAAGCUGGCACCAUGGAAAAGAGCGCUUAUCCACCGGGACGGCGGCACGCGCCCAUGGCCACCGCUCCGCCUGCGCGCGCACACGCACCUGAUGACCCCCGACUGCGAGGGUAGCUGGAGUGGUCCUCCUGAAGGGAAACGCACACAUUCGGCCUGAGGAGACGUUGGCUACCAUCCACCCCUCCCCUCUUGAUCCUCUUCUCCUCUUCCCUCCGACUGGCACAGAGAGGAGAAGUGUGUGUGUGUGUGUGUGUGAGAGACUCGGCGAGGGAACGUGGGAAAGAGGAAGACGAUGUACCAAACGCUGCUGCUCUCCUCGUCCCUCUUCAUCCUUCAUGUGACGGGCACUCCCCACUUCUUCGCUCCGAGCGGGAGGAGGGUGUGCGGCCGAGACCUCCGUCACAGCGUCGUCAUGGCAACAGAGUCGUACGUCCAGCCGGUGCACAAGCCCUACAUCACCCUGUGUCAGGGGCAUCGGCUCUGCAGCACGUACAAGACAACGUACUCGGUGGCGUACCGCCAGGUGAGCAGAGCGGUGUCUGCGGCACAUUUCUACCCAGAGUGCUGCCCGGGCUGGCGAAGGUUCCACUCUCACAACUGCAACCAAGCUUUGUGUGCGGAGCCUUGUGUUAAUGGAGGCACCUGCAUAAGACCCAACCAGUGUGCCUGUCCUCCGGGCUGGACCGGACAUCACUGCCAGACAGACGUGGAUGAGUGCAGUGGACGGCGGCCCUGCGCCCAGUGGUGUGUGAACACAGCUGGCAGCUACCGGUGUGCGUGCGGAGACGGGUUCGGGCUCGCCGCGGACGGCCACUCCUGUCGAAGCCUUCGCCGUCCUCCUCCUCUCCCCCCCGCUGCUCCGCCCUCUCCUCCCCCCCACUCUCACACUGGUGAAAGGUUCGGCCUGGCGGAGAACGUGACGGAGGAGGUUCAGAUCCUGAGGAACAGAGUGGAGCUCCUCGAGAAGAAGCUGCAGUUGGUGUUGGCGCCCUUCAACAGCUUCUUCCCACUGUCGCUGGACGACGGCCUGUCCGAGAAAACCACCCUGCUGUCCCACUCCUUCCAGCAGCUCGACCGCAUCGACUCCCUCAGCGAGCAGAUCGGCUUGCUGGAGGAGCGCCUCGGCACAUGUUCCUGCCAGGAGAAUUAGCCACCCAACACGUCCCUCCUCCGAGACCCCCACCAUGAAUUUACAACAAUUUGACUUAAUGUGUGCCGGUUACGCCGUGUUGUGAUUUUCACUGCUCCCGACAGCUUCGCUUACUCCCUCUCAGAUUCCAAAUCCUGUAACGCUACCAGCGGCGGGCUCGGGCUCGCCAUUACGUCAUCCCCGGAGGGGGUAAAGGUCAAACCAGCCACUUAGUUUUCUGGAUUUUUUUGGCAUCAGGGCAGCUGAGUCGUCCCGCCCCGGGGCAGACGUGGACAUCUGUAUUUAUCUAUUUAAAUUAUGAUUACCUGUAGUCAUUUCUCAUUCCUCUAUAAUAGAUUUUUUUCUAACCUAGUUUUGUAACAUUUUGUAAUAAAAAGCUUUAAUCAGAACCACCGUGUGUGUGUGUGUGCUCAUUAUUAAGGCUGGAUCACUGAGGAAUGUGUGCGAAUGCAUCAUGUAGGACUGAACAAACCGUGAAUGAAGCCAGAACAACAAACCUGCCGACCUCAGUCCCGCACAGCCAGCACUGUGAUCAAAGCUUAAAGUAUUCCUGCCAUGGAUAGAAGACGGUGAAACAAAAGUCAAAGUCUGCAAAUAAAUUAGACUUCAUGCAGAAAUUAGGCUUUUAGUCUGGAUAUAUUGAAUUUUGCCCUUUCCCGUUCACUUAUAAAAAGCAUUUCAAAGCAACAGACGUAAGCGUUUCUGCACACGUUAUUAUGGGCCAAAAAUAAGAGAUUGUGAUCGAUUGAUUCGUUAUUCUUCCAGAGAGGAAGUUGUAAACGAGAAAACUCAUGUUCUUUGGAAACUCUACAAGUUUUUACCUCAUUUGUUUUAAGUAAAAAAAAUAAUCCACUGGAGUGUAAGGAAAAGAAAUUACGCACACAAAAUGUUAAGAAAAAAAAAAAGAAUUAACUUUUAUUUAUUCUUUUGCAAGGCAUUCACAUUUACCCAGUAUAGGUGAAAUCAAGAACACUACAUCGUCAUAAUAACCAGAUACUAUAAUGGGCGUCUAUAACAUGUGUGCAUAUUUACACACGCACACACACACACACGCAUACGCGCACGCACUUUCGCACUCGCACUCAAACACGCACAUACACACAAGGCUCUGCAGGAUGCCAGCUGUUUCUCUUAUCCAUCUAAAUUACACUUUAAUAGCUUUGGUGAAAAUCCACAUUUUAGUUUCUCCCCACCCAAAACUCAGCCUGAAAAGUGCUUUAAUAAAGGUUGAGAAUACUUUGAAACUUUUCCAGUAUCUUACAUAAUUGAUCCGUAAACAACCGCCCUAAACAAAGAAAAGUAGAGGAAAGACUGAGAAGGACAAAAAAAAAAAGAAAACACGACUGAAUGAUUCAACCAAAGUCUACAAAUCAACUGUUAAUGAGCAAAAACACUCCCAUUAACUUAAUCAUAUAGUUCGUAUUUUGGAAGAAACCAAUUUGGUAGAGCUUUUCAACAUUCGAAACACUUGCUGCAAAAAAGAUUAAAAAGAAAAAAAAAAACUGCUCUGAGAGACAAAAAAAAGAAAUCAAUAAAUAUAUAGAGAAAGAGCUGGGUCAGUCAAUAUUAGAUAUUAGUAGAUAAGGGGAGUAAUAUUCCACACUGGCCUUCAAAAUAAGGAAUUCCAGACUUUCACAUGUACUUACAGCAGGUAUCACUAAAACUACUGUUACACUCACUAUGAACAGCAGUGUACAGGCUUAGUCCCAAAGUAGAGAGAAAUCCGUUCACAGGAGACCCCCGGGGGGGGGUCAGCGCGCACGGCAACCAGUCCAAAUUUAAACAUUUAAUGCUCAAAUAAAUAUAUCUUGGAGAUUUGUUGUCAAUGCUUCGCUCUUUAAAAGAAAAAAGAAAAAAAAAAUGCAACUAUUAACAGAAAUAUCCUGAAUGCUGCGAUACAUUCUCAGAUGGUGAUUCAUGAGGGGAAAA